AUGUCUUCCUCCUCCGAGAAACCAACAUCGACAAAAGAGGGUGGCUCCAGUCAAGACGAGAUCAAGCUUCUCGAGCGCGAGUCGAUCUUCGAGCCGACGGCCAUCACCGAAAAGCGUACACUGUCCGCUGCUGUACUCAUCAACCCGGACCGCGUCGAGGCCCUCGCGUUCAUCGGCUUCCACCUCAUCGAGAGCGAAUCCAGUUUGUUGCCGGCUCGUCUCGAGGCCGCAACGAACGGACGACCAGCACACAGUUCUCGACAAUGA